AUGCUCACAUUUGGACCUUCGAUACUAGCAUUCAGGGCUCUUUACAGAGCAGUGUUCUACGAGAAGAUAUUUACGAAGAGUAUUCUAAUACAUUUACUCUGUGGAAUUGUCGAAGGCGGUAGCCAAGGUAUCGCGAUGAUCAUCUUUGUGUAUUUCUUCGAGAACACACAACAGUAUAUCACCUUGUUAUAUCUCGACGUUGUUUCAUUCCUCCCUUUCUUAUUCUAUAUUAUUCCGGCGUUUUCAAAGUGCCGAAUGUCGUCAUUCCUCAAUCUGAUAUUUGCUGUUAUUCCACUGGCGUCGGUCGUUGUCAUUUCGUGGCACUAUGAGUUCUACUGGCAAAUGGUUGUUGCGUGUACUUUAAAUAUAGUCCCCUAUUGGAGAUCACUUGUUCUCUGGAAACAGAACAGAAACAAAAAGUUUGACAAGCACAGAAAUUUGGUGAGCUUUGUUCGCGAACUAACGAAGCUGGUUGCAAUCAUUGUUGGGUUCAAUUUAGUGUAUUUCACUGAUACGAUCAACCAGAAUGAGUAUUGGUUGGUCGAUUCCGAUUAUCUCGUCUCGGUUGUUAUUGUGUGUAUCGCACCGUUCAUAUUACACCACACGACAACUUGGGGAAUGAAGGCACUCAUGCCCAUAACUACGACAACACUACCACUAUUGUUUUCAACAGUACUAUCCUUAUUAAUAUACCUUUUGACGUGUCAUUGGAAUGUAAUCAGUGAAAUAGAAAAUGGGAUGUGUACGUUCUAUGCCGGAGACGCAGAUUGGUGGUUUGUGGCGUGCUUUGUUGGUGUGUUCUUCUCAGUAGUCUUCUUGUGCUUCCAUAUUAUCAACCAGUCACAGUACGUGACCAAAACAAGAGAUGUUUGGACUAUCCCAGACGUGUCUGUGAUAUCACCAGAAAGCUCGUUGUUGUUGAACAGACAAAUGGAUGACACAUCAAAUUCAACGACAUCAGUAAAGGACGAAGCAACGUUCCAACAAAUGAACAUCAUUGUUUGUGCGACAAUGUACCACGAAAACCAAAAGGAAAUGGAGCGAUUGCUUGAGUCGUUCACCAAAUUGGAUUCGAAAGAAGAAAGUAAAGGACACGUCUACUUCUGCAUUGUCUUUGAUGACGCCUGUCGCACGGAAGGAACCACCUUGCAUUGCAAUCUGUUUGUCGACCAACUUGUUAGACUCUUACAACAAGAGCGAAUCAAGUUGGAGUACGAGACACAGUGGUUUGGCGCAGUUGCCUUUGGGACUUUCAAGAACACGACCCCCAUCACCGUCUUCCUCAAAGAUUCUUCAAAGAUCAAGAGAAAUAAGCGUUACAGUCAGCUUGUGUUGUUUAACUACGCACAGCGGAUCCUUCCAAUGAAAAACACGUUUGUACUAUUUACCGAUGGAGACACGUACUUUUCGCCAUCUUCUGUGGAAAAGUUGUGUCUAGAGAUAUCUGCAGAACCAAGAUGUGGCGCAAUUUCAGGGAGAGUCUUCCCAGACGGAAAAGGUAUUUGGGCGCAGUACCAACAGUUUGAAUACGCAACGAGCCAUUGGCUCCAAAAGACUGCAGAGGAAGAAUUGGGUACUGUUUUGUGUUGUCCUGGGUGUUUUACGUUAGUGAGACUUGAGUCAGUGUUUGACGUGUCCAUGAAAGACAUUAACGUGUUUGAAAAGUACUGUGAACAACCAAAGAGUGGAAUGGGGGUGUUGACACACAACUUUGGUGAAGAUCGAUGGAUGAGCUACUUACUUGUAGAGCGAGGGUGGUGGCUGAAGUAUUGUUCCAUUACAAAAAGCAAAAGUUUCUGUCCAACAACAACGAUGGAGUUCUUUAAUCAACGGAGAAGAUGGUUGACAAGUACUUGGGCGAACACCGCGAUGAUAGUAAAGAACUGGAUGACAAUUAAAACGAACAACAAGCGAGUCAACACUCUCUUCAUGAUUUAUACAUUCAUCAAUUUCAUCGCUACAUUCGCAACCCCUGCAACAACUUUACUUCUUGUUUAUGGGUUUUUGGUGAAUAACGACAUUCCAUAUUGUGAGGUUAUUGCCUUUGUUUUAGCCGUCUGCCCGACUCUCUUUUUCUUGAUAGUAGAAAUAAUAACAAUGUUCAAGCCAUCACCACGGUUUGAAAUAAUUACAGUUGAUAUAUUGAAGUGGUUCUAUGCGUUUGAAAUGCUCCUUGUUGUUGCGAACAUUGUUUACAGUUGUGUAACCGUGUCAACGAUUUCAAUUAGUUUACUCUUUUGUGGAUUGCUCAUUGUGAUAUACGCAGUGACCAUUUUGCUCCAUGCCGAGUUCGAGAAGAUACUUGGGGGCGUCAUUACAUUCUUUCUUAUUCCAACAACAAACAUCCUUCUCAUUAUAUACUCGUUAGUCCACUUGAACGACGUAACUUGGGGUACUCGAGAACAAAAAGGCGAAGCAAUUGAAAAGCUUAUAUUAGCCAAAGAGUCCAACUACAAUUACCUUGAGCGAAGUGACCGAUUUACUGUGAGUGAAGUCACAAAUGUGAAGAAGAUGCAAAGUCAGUUAAGGAAAACGCAAUUUGGCACAGCUGUUAUCUUUUUGAUAGCAUCGACAUUUUGGAUUGGUCUUUCUGUUGGUCUGAUGGUACUCGACUCAUUAUUCAAAUUCACAAUAUUUGGGAUGUCGUUCUCUUUCAUGCUUGUUCCAACGUGUUUGACUCUUGCCUUGACUCUGACACAAUUCUUCUCGAUGUUGUUCCACAGAAUGAAUACAUUGGCGUUCAUCUUGUCGAGAACAGAGUGA